AUGGAAGCGUCAGGCCACGAGUUGUACGGCAGUGGUGAAGGGAGCAAUGAAGAGUCCUGGAAACAGUACAUUACCCAGCACGGAUUUGAAGACGCCUGGGACGACAGCAACCACCGAACGGAGCAGGACAGAUACGGUCCCAUCCUCGCGCGUCUGGCGGCUAGUCACGAAUCCCGAAUGGCGGCGCAGGAAGAAAUUGUCCGAGAAAAAGAACGGUGGAGCCUCUUGAUGCGGCGUAGUGCGGACCGGCUUGAACCACACACGGCCAAGGUGCAGGAAAUCAUGGACUUGGCGGACGCGGUCCAGCUGGAAUGGGCGGAGAAAAAGGCGUUGGACGACCGACACGCGCGUCGAGAGGCCGAGUGGUGGCCACGGGUCUUCUCCCCAAAGAGAGUCCGGAUUGGCGAUUGGGCCGACGAGGAUACCAAGGAGAUGGCGGUCUCCUCAACUUUGUUCGACCCAAGGUACUACCUCGGCCACCAAGGCGGCGAUUACAUCUUCCAAUACAGAGAUGAAGACGACACAAACGACCUGGAAGCGACUGUACCGACAGAUAAAGGGCCCGAAAUGGCGUGGGAGCCGUGGAGACAUCCGGGCUGGCAUUCGAUCCUGGCGUACGGCCCGGAGGACCUGCCGAAACGACUUACAUACUGCGGCCAGGUCCCGCGGCCGGUCAAAGAGUACACUGCCCGGCUGCAGGUCUUGGUGCCAGCCAUCGCCAAAAUGAUUGUCAGCCUCGUCGGCUUUCACCGGGCCGGCGGCAACGACGAGCCCCUCGGCCAGCAGCUGCGGGAGCUUGCCGCCCUCGACUCAACUUCCUCGCGGGCCGACCUCGGCCGGCUCCUCGAGCUGUGGACGAACGAGUUCGCCGAGAAAGACGGCAGAGCGCCCGACGAGAUGCGGGAGAGGCUCCGACGCAGCGCAAAGGUCUCGGAGUUUGUGCACGUGCUCGGGAAAGUGGCCGCCAUCGGGGCCGAGACGUUGCUCCACGAGUGGAUGGCCGUCGUUUUGGUGUUGGAAAAGUCGACCGGCUGGAGGCUCUGCGAGAUGCUUGAAAUCGAAUACAUCCGCAUCGCAAGGAGAGCGUUCCACGAGCUGCUGCACAAGAAGGAUUUCGAGCACUUGCUCGUCCUCGAGGUCCCUGGCACCGAGUACAUCCACGAAUUCUACCUCGCACCGCGAUUCAGAUCCGACCCUUUGCACCCGAGCCGACGCUACGCGUGCCGAGACGUGUCCGCCCAGCUCGAGCUCUCGCAGUGGCUCCGGCAGUUUGGCUGGGCCAAGGACGAGCCCGAGCUCGAGACGGCCCGCCAUUCGGAUCCGGAAGAGACCGUUCCCCAAGACUUCGAAGACGAUUCUGAAGACUCUUGCACCGACGACCCCGACGACAAAGACUACACCUACUGCGAAGACAAGAACGAGAUCGAGGUCGAGCGCCUCGCGAAGCGAGCUCGUACAUCGUGUCCCGCUGCAGGCAACCACGCGGUGCCAAAGAACGGAGUGGCAGAGCGAGCACCUCGCAGCCUCCCCGAGCCCCAAUCCGCUGACGAAGCGGAAAACCAGACCUCGGGUCCGAAGCGAAAGAAGUCUCUAGCGAACAGUGACAACGGCCGCAGUCCCCCCAAACGCCAGCCUCUGCAGCCCGUCAACGGCACGCCCUCUAUUCUCGAGAGGAAGCAGCCCAAACGGGCCAAGGUCAGUGCUGGAGGUGCCAAGUCGGCACCCACAAAGGACGCCAGCUCCAAGCGUCGCAAAGGCCAGGCCAUGCGGUCGGAAAACCACGCGCGCAUCAAGGUCCUGAAGCAAAACAUGUUCUCCCCCGCGCCGCCCCCCCUGCGCAUGGCCCGCCUGCGCUACCUGCGCCACUGGACCAUCCACCGCGCCUGGCAGCUCUUCCGCCGCCAGCAGCACGAGGCUCUCGACAAGGAGCGCAGCCGCAUGCACGCCGGCAUGUUCAACGCCUGCGAAGAGCUGCGCAAGACCGGAGGGCCGGGCAACAGGGGCGAGGGCUACCUGUACCGCGUUGCCAUGGAGAAGAAGGGCAUCUACGGACUCAACGGAGUGCCGAUCGAGUACGCGAGGUUCCAGACGGACUCGCCGGCCAAGAAUGCAUGGAAUCACGAGUGGAAGAGGUAG